UUUCUACUGCACUUGAACGCAACAGUUCGCAUAGCUAACUUUAGCUCGUCCCGCAGUGCUAUGAGUUGAGCAAGACCGAAGCGCUGGGAAUGCAGCCACCGCUCCCACCUGAGGCGGUCAGAGAGCUGGUGUGCUCCUGUCUGCACAGAGACCCAGUUGCAGCAGACCUCCGCUGCAGCCUGUUUGUUGCCGCAGCACAGAGCUACAAGAGGGACUCUUUGCUCAGACCCUUCCCCCCUAGAUACAUAAGUGGUGACAAUAAGAACUUUGAGGAGCUGUUGGCAGAUGUGAGCUCUUUGCCUGGUGUGAGAGAGUUGGUAAGACUGCGACCCAGAGAGGGCAAUCAUCAUCUGGCUCUCACACACUGGAUUCUCUCUUCAAAGAGCUUCGCUGUGAAGACAUUACAGAAAGAUGAGUACGCCAAACUUUGUGACUUGACGGAAAAUGAAGGGGUUUCUGCACCUGUGCCCGACUUCCUGUUUGAGCUGGAGUACUGUGACCAGAUGAAUGCCAGAUUCGAGAAGAUGAGGGAAGGUAGAGAUGUCUUCUAUGCAUUCCACGGGAGCCGCCUGGAGAACUUUCACUCCAUCAUUCACAAUGGGCUGCACUGUCACCUCAACAAGAACUCUGUGUUUGGAGAGGGGACCUACCUCACCAGUGACCUCAGCAUGGCUGUCCUCUACAGUCCCCACAGCAGCGGCUGGCGAGAAAGCAUCCUGGGUCCACUGCUCAGCUGUGUUGCCUUGUGUGAAGUCAUCGAUCACCCAGAUGUUAAGUGUCAGGUGAAGAAAAAAGAUUCUGAAAUCAUUGAUCGUCAGCGCUCGAGAGCAAAGAACAGCGAAGGAGGAGACGUGCCGCUGAAGUACUUCGUUGUCACCAACAAUCAGCUUUUGCGAGUCAAGUACCUGCUUGUUUACUCUCAGAGGAGGCACCUGUCCAGACAUUCCCGCAGCACUUCCUGGCUCCUCAGACACCAUUUUGCCAUCAUGAUGAGUCUCUACCUUCUGCUGCUCAUACUCAUCGGUGCCUUUAACUCCACCGCCUUCGUAUCCUUUUGGAACAGACUGUUCAGGUGACAGAACAACAGGACAGACGGCCUGGAUGUUUAUUAUCCACAGUGCCUUCCAUCAGAGACUGACUGGAGGCCUGAGCAAAGAAAACGUUUAUGCACCUUUCUACUGUUUGUUCUCUUUAUUCAUUCUUUAUUUGUACAAAUAACCAUAAUUACUGUAAUUCCAAGGUAAGGCCAGCAGAUGGUGGGAUCAUAUUGUUUGUUAAUUUUGUUAAAAUGGUUAAUAAGACCAAGUUUGAAAAUGUUAUGCAAUGUUUCAUCAGUAGUUUGUUUGGGUUUGUAAACAUUUUCUUUAGAUAAGAACUGCUGCUGUGUGGUUUGGUAAAGUCUUACUAACCAAAGGGUUAAAGGAAAAAAACAUAUAUUUUUAAAUAACUGCACAGCAAAAAGUAAACAAUAAUUUCUUUUUUGGUUUGUUAGGUCAUAUAUAACUGAAGGUUAUUAGAGACUCCUUAGUGUCAGUGAUGCCUGAUUGGCAGACUGUUGAUCAGGCACUGAUGACAUUGUCCAAAUUUAAAUUCUUACUUUUGGAUGUUAUGAUUUUGCAUCACUCACUUAUGAUAAUGCACCUUUUAAAACUUAUGAUUUGAGUGUAAAUUUAAGGUAUUCAAUUUAACAAGUAGAUUUGAUAAAGAAAAAAGAGAAGAGGUGGCCAUUGUUAUGUUGACAUACUGUAUUUAUAAUGAUGGAUCAAAGAAAGAAACCUCAUUUAUAAUAAUUUCAGAUAUGAUUUUAAAUCCUUAUAUCAAAGCAGGGGGUAUAAGAGAUAAACUGUAUAUCCUGUUAAAGGCAAAAUGUUUUGAAAAAAUGUUACUUUUAAAACUAAUAAAAUUAUACUUUUGUUUUAAGUUG